AUGGCUUAUAAAUUAUUAUUGAAAAAGAAUUUACAAACCUUGUUUCCAAUUUUACCAAAAGUUACCGUUCCAGUAUUUGAAAAUCCUAAUAGAGUUGAUGGUUUUACACCAAAAAUUAGUUUAUUAAAGGACGAAUUAAAAAUCAACAACAAUGUAUCAACUGUAGUGGUAGAUGUUGAAAGAGGUUUGGUCAAGCUUAAAAGUUUAAUAAUAGCAAUUGGGUUGACUCAGAAUGAAAAUAUAAAACUUCAAAAAACAGAUGCCGAUGCUAAUAGAUAUAAUUUAUGGAAAGAUAAAAUGACGGUGUGGGUUCCGUUGGAAAAGUGUUUGGAAGUUGCACGAAUUCCCUUCAAAAGAACUCAGGAUCAAAUUAAUAAUUCAAUAAACAGCUUGUUUCCUUUGUUUGAAGAUGGGCUCCAACAAUUGGCCACAAAUAUAAUUCAAGGCUAUGAAAGCCGACCAUUAAAUAUAUUGAUUAUGAAUAAUUUUGUCUACUCCCAAGGAAUUUUGUUUUACAAAGUUGAAUUAAAUGGCAAUUGUACAUACAUUGCAAGAGAUAAGAAUGAUUUAAUUCGUGCAAGAGAGGUAUUUAUUUUACAUUAUGGAGAAAAAUACAAGGAUCCAUAUAUUAGAUUCAUGAGUGUCCAAUCCAAAAAAACUGAUGUUAAGCAUAAAGUAUAUAAUUAUCACCAUCCUGAACAUUUUAAAGUUGAUACUCCAUUUUCUUUAUUGCAUGAAGUUUUACAAUUCUCAAUUGAAAAAAAUAUAAUUCAUUUAGUAUGGCCAAUAUUUAGUCCCCUCAUCUGGGAGGAACCAAUGAUACAAGAAUUAACUAGAGCUAUUGAUUAUAAUGAACCAGCAAAAACUCACAAUAGAAUUUCAAGAUUACCUGCUGGAUAUGGUGGUUUUAAUUAUAUAUCGGUUGGUGGUAUAUUAAGAUCAAUAGAUGGAGAAUAUUUUUCACUAGCUGCUUCACUUAAUACUGUUGAUUAUUUAGAUCCAAGACAGAGAUCAGAAAUUUCAGUUGAAGAAGGUCAAAUCAAAGAAGAUGGUACUCGUCAUUAUUUAUGUGAUUUAGACAAAAUGAGGGAACUUGCUGAAAGAUACAGAAUUCCAAAUGAAUCUGUUUAUCCAGCAUUAGCUGAAAAAUCAGUUUUUUUAGCGUUUUUAGUCAAAAAACGUGUUAUUAAAUUAAGGGAAAUUGAAGAUGUUGAAAUGAGAGCUCAAAUUAAAGCUGCUUUAGAUGAUGAUUUAGUUUGA